AUGUCGCUGGAUCUUUCCUUCAACAGACUGAGUAACUUGCUGAGCGAGCUUUCAGACCGUCUGGACGAGCUCACCAGACUACGGAGGCUUUCUGGACCGGACGAUAUCCAAAUAGGAUCGGAAUCAGGGCUGGAUGAUGUUCGUGAUACUGUGAUCAAGGCCUUCAACUCGCUGAAGAGUCUUGAUCUUCAACUGAAUGAUCAUAGGGAUACCAACACGGUGAACAGAUUCGAUGCGUCUCUGGAAAGGUAUACAAAGCUGGUUGAUGGGCUAAAGUCAUUUGAUCCGCUCUUAGCCACAUACUCGUUUGUGCCGACAUUCAAGAAAGAAAUACCUGUGAAAACGGUAUCGGAAGAGGUGCCGCAGUUAAAACGGGCGAAAUCGGUCAGGUUCAAGGACAAUUUGAUUGAGCCGCCUAGUGUGAGUUUAAAUGCCAGCACUCCUGGGCCUUAUCGGGAUAAUCCACUGGCGAAGCCUGCUUCCACAGUUGAAGAAGAAGGUCCCAGAUCACUGUCAAACCAACAGAUCUUCAUAGACAACCAGCAGGAGAUGUUUGCGCAGGACGAGAUACUUUCUCAACUCGCGAGCUCCAUCAGCAGACAGAACCAGAUGGGCGGAACGAUCGGGACGGAGCUGAACGAUCACAUGGUGAUUCUGGAGGACCUGGAGAUGAUGGUGGACCACUCCGACCGCAAUCUGCGGCGCGCAAAGACGCGAUUGGACCGGUUUUCGGAGCGACUCAAAGAGAACGGCGAGUGGACUACGAUAUUUGUGUUGAUAGUGAUACUUCUAUUGUUACUGACGGUUUUGAAAUGA